CUGAGCUCCCUCCUGACGAGUUUUAAUCUGCCUGCAUUUACCGUUAAAUAUUAGUCAAAGAGUUGACGGGAAGGCGAAACCAGGCCAACAAAAACCGGCGCAGAGCAGGCGGACGGAUAGCCUGCCGGGAUCUAAUCAAAGGAGCUGGAUCUGGACGUGAAGCUGUACGGCGUUAGAGGUGCACCGGAGUCUGCCGACGGACGACAUGGGAAAUAAAUAGUUGUCAUACAACAUAAUUUUCCAGCUGAAGUCAUGGAUGCAAGUUGGAAAAACUGCUUCGAAGAGGAGCUCCUGUGUCCCAUCUGCCUGAAUGUCUUUGAAGAACCCAUCCAGCUGCCAUGCAAGCACAACUUCUGCAAGGGUUGCAUCUCUGAGGCCUGGGCCAAAGACAGCGCUGCGGUCCGCUGUCCUGAGUGCAACCAUGACUAUGACCAGAAACCCACGCUGGAGAAAAACUUUAAGCUCGCCAACAUAGUGAAGCGAUUUAAUGCGCUGAACACUGACAAAGCCCCUGCUGUGCUGCACUGUGUCCUCUGCAGACGGGGCCCCCCGCUGCCUGUGCGUAAGGUCUGUCUGCGCUGUAAGGAGCCCUGCUGCCAAACACAUAUCCAGACGCACCUACAGCAGCCGUGCCCAGCCCCGGGACACCUGUUAGUUGAUGCUGAGGAGCUGAGCGCUUGGACCUGUCCCAGUCAUGAGGAGUACAGGCUGUUCCACUGUGAGGAAGAGCAGGUGGCUCUGUGUCCGUUCUGCUGCAUCUCUCACUGCACUAACCAAAGACACACAGUCUGCGAUGUGGAUACACAACGCAUACAAAUGCAGGCCAUGCUAAUGAGGCAGCAAGGCAGACUGGACGACCGUGUUCAGAACAUCGACGAGCAGCUUACUAAGCUGGAAUCAGACAAGACACUGAUGAAGGAUGCAGUGUCUGACCUAAAGGAGCGCGUGAGAGACCAGUAUCAGAGGAUGCAUGCGCUGCUAGAAGCAAACCAGUCUGAAACCAUGCAGAUGCUGGAGAGCACUUAUACGACGUACACGCGGAAAAUCUCCCAGCAGGUCGUGCAGCUCAAUGAGAGGCGGCAGGAAGCAGAAAAACUUCUGAGCUCAGUACAAACGUUCUUCCAAAGAGCAGACAGCUUUAACUUCAUGAAGAACACAAAACCUUACCAGCUGCUCCUGGACAGGUCAAAUUCACACCUGAAUAGCGUCAUUCCUCCACUUAGGGUGGGUCAGCUCAACUCUCAUCAUUUGUUCUCCGAGCUCUCAACAAGAGAGAAAAACCUGCGCAAAAUGCUGGAAGAACCGUUCAGUGAGGUGCCCAUUCUUGACAUUGUCCAGUCGCAGAACAGUCCUGCUGGCUCCUAUAUGGGGACUAGUUCAGGACCACAGAAGAGGAAAUACGGUAUGGCUUUCCUGGAGAGUAACACUGAAACCUCUGUCUCCCAGGAUCCUGCUACGUUGCUCUACAGCAGCAAAAAACCCUUCCUGGCUGACCAGAGCCAUCAUGCUUCAUCCAUGUACUCAUCUGAAGGUCUCACCCACAAUCCUCACAGCGGCCCCGGCCACAGUCGGCUCCUUGACAGUUCAGCCCAUCACAUGGUGGGUCUAGGGUCCAGCUCUAGCCACCACUCAGGGACCAUAUUCACUCCCCCCCACUUCCCCAGCGGCGGUGCCUCGCAACAAGCCAUGUACGAAGGGAGGAAAGUACUGAUGUGCACUCUGAAUAACUGCUGCUGCUCCCGGGCCCCUGCUGCCCGAGCCCGGCCACCGUACACGGCACCAGACUCCUUCCCCUCCAUGACCUCUCAGGAGUUUAACCCACAUGCCCCUCUACCUGCAAGCCAGCCACUGCAGCAUUUUCCCAUGAGGGGCCUGAUGGAAGCUGCACAGACAGCCAGGCACCCUGACUACUAUGGGCUGUACAGCCAGCCUUCAACCAAGCAUUAUGGGACCAAGUAACAAAUCAGAAUCAGCAUCCACCUUUGUUCCAUUUUAUUGAAUCACAAUUGGCAUCGGAAUACCAAUUUUUGCUCUUUGUUCCAGAGACAUGUUGUUAGUUUGCCUUCAUCAUGUUAUUUUGACCCCGUUUACUUUCUGAAUCCCAGUGACAGUAGUAUUUUCUAUUUGAAUUCAACUGGAAGUGCUAAUGUGAACAAUAUAGUCUUAAACCCAUUCAAGCAGUUGAACUAGAUCUUAAAGAAAAGACAUUGUUCAUCAGGAGCAUCAGGACAUGGGACUCCAGAGACUUCAGUGCCUAAAAAGACUGUUAACAUGUUCUUAUUGUACUUGCAAGUUCCUAGCUCUUGAUUAUUUCCUGUUUGCGGCUGAAAGCAUGCAGGGAGCUUCUCCGCGCACUCCAAAGUCCACGUGGCUUUAGAAAAACACUGGACUACGAAUGCUUGUCAGGUUUUUCAUACAUUUUUAUACAAGAUUAUGAAUGAACCAAAAUCAGAGGAAAUACUGAAUAAACAAGCAUAUUAAAUUA